AUGCGGCGGAACGUGGAGGUGAAGGCGCGGCUGAGGGCGCGGGAGGAAGCGCUGAGGGCGGCCCUGAGGCUGCGGGGGCUGGGCCCGGUGUGCCCGGUGUGCCCCGGGGCAGGGCAGGGAGCGCCCCAGGUGUGCCCCGGGGCCGGGCAGGGAGCGCCCCAGGUGUGCCCCGGGGCAGGGCAGGGAGCGCCCCAGGUGUGCCCCGGGGCCGGGCAGGGAGCGCCCCAGGUGUGCCCCGGGGCCGGGCCGGGCACGGGUGAGGGGCAGAAGCCGCCCCAGGUGUGCCCCGGGGCCGGGCAGGUGCUGCUCCAGACCGACACGUUCUUCCGGGUGCCGCGGGGGCGGCUCAAGCUGCGCCGGACACAGGAUGGCCGGGGGGAGCUGAUUUUCUACGAGCGCCCUGACAGCGCCGGCCCCAAACUGUCCAAGUUCAGCAUCACCCCCACGGCCGAUCCCGAGGGGCUGCAGGCGGUGCUGUCGCAGUCCCUGGGCGUGCUGGGCACGGUGAGGAAGGAGCGGCUCCUGUUCCUGCUGGGCCAGACUCGGCUGCACCUGGACCAGGUGCAGGGGCUUGGGGACUUCCUGGAGCUGGAGGUGGUGCUGCGGCCGGAGCAGAGCGAGGAGGACGGGCAGCGCGUGGCACUGGAGCUGCUGCAGGAGUUUGGGAUUGGGGAACAGGACCUCAUCUCUGGGGCCUACCUGGAUCUGCUGCUGGCACAGGGGGACAAUGGGGACACCCCCUGAGCAGCCGCUGGCCGGCCAGGGACAGCGGGGCUCAGGGCAGGGGCACCUGGUGGCUGUGCCCACCCUGUGAACACGCUGUGCCCACCCCGUAAACACACUGUGCCACCCUAUAAACACACUGUGCCUUGUCCCACACCAUAAACACCCUGUACCCCCUGUGGACACCCUGUGCCCACCCCAUAGACACCCUGUGCUCAACCCCAUAAACACCCUGUGCCUUGUCCCAUCCCAUAAACACCCUGUGGCCACCCUGUAAACACACUGUGCCCACCCCAUAAACACACUGUGCCCACCCUGUAAACACACUGUGCCACCCCAUAAACACACUGUACCUUGUCCCACACCAUAAACACCCUGUACCCCCUAAGGACACCCUGUGCUCAACCCCAUAAACACCCUGUGCCUUGUCCCACCCCAUAAACACCCUGUGCCCUGCCCACAGACACCUCCAGCCCCAUAAUGCCCCCCAGAAACCCCAUACCCACCCCACAGACACC